AUGUCACUCGCAUGGUUACACGCCCCUACUUUGUUUUUGAUGCUGCGCAAACUCACCCCGAAUCACCUAUCUCAUGCCGGAGUGUUGUCCAGAUCAUCCCGUGCUCCAUCCCCAAAUCCCCCAGUUCAGCCAGAUCUAUUUUACCGAGUUCGGAACGUGUCUCACUCCUACGACCUAGUAGGUGGUGCGGCGACACACAAGCAUCGACAAGCAUUGGUAUUGACCRCCAGAGAAAAGCCUGCAUUCGUCCAAGACAUGUCCGUAUUUUCUAUUCCAAUCUAUUCUGCCGCAUUAAUUGGGGCGCACAAGCUCCACGAGCGCUUCGGUUGCUUUAUCCGCAACGUUGAAUAUUUGCCAAGCAAGUAA